AUGGUGAUGAUUCCUGAACUGCUCCAAAUUCAGCGGUAUGUCCUCACCUACAGGUUCAGCCAGGAUCACUUGGAGCUCCUUUUUAAUUCAAUUAGAGCGUCAGGUGGCUGGAAUAACAAUCCGUCUGCUCGCCAGUUCCAGGCAAUCUUCCGCCAUCUGAUGAGAUGUCGUCUGCUGAAACUGCUGAAGAGCACCCAUCUCCAUUUGCCAACAUUUCAGCUGUUCGCAGACCCGGACCCGCCUGGACCAGACACCAUGAAGAGCCUCCCUAGACACCCACCAUGCUUUGUUGCUGCCCGUGCCUCGGCCCCCUUCUCCCCAUCUCAGUGGUGA